GAACCCUUCAUACGUGUUCAGCCCGUGUUUCCCCGGGGACGGAAAUAGGUGUGGAACAAACAUGGCGGCGCGCUUCCUGCAUCUUGUAUGGUCUGGGUCACUCAAGGGCCUCCAGGUGGAGAGUUGUGGUGCUCUGAGGGGCUGUCCAUCGGCUGCCUUCGCCACCAGCGCCGGAGAGCCCAAGAAACCAGGAAAGAAGGCGAAGGCCCCCAUUGUAGAGGGCGCCACUGAGCAGGCUUCCCUGCUGGCCUACAAGACCUCUGGGGCCUUUUCCUCUAAGGUUUCCUUCCCUGAAGCACCUCCAGCUCAGGCCUUAGGUGCCUCCGAGCCGAAAGCUCAGGCAGCCUCCACCGUGGUCGGUUCAGAGGGGGUCAAUCAUACUGAGGCACCUAAUGACUCAGUUCCUUCUGGCACUGAAACCAUCCCAGAAGCACCUGGUUCAGCCACACCCCCUGUAGAGCCUGAAGGUCCUGCCAGAGCGAAGGCCUCCAUCACAGAGUCCUCCACCACUAAACCUGGAGCAUCCAAAGCUGAUGACGCUCCUGACAAAAGAGAGUCCUCUCCAAGCUCCUCCUCCUCUGACUCAGACUCUGAUUCUGACUCGGACUCUGACGAUGAGAAGAAGGAGGUGAAGGCAGAGACUUGCGAUGACCCAGCAGGAGAGGGUUUAGCACAGUCCGACAAGAAGGUCCCUGCUGCUCGUGAAGCUGCCAGUGAAGGGUCUCCUGAAGUUCUACCAAAAAUAAUUGAGAUGAGCCCCUCUGAUGUCAAACUGGGAGCCCAAGCCAGACAUCCAACAGCAGCCACCAUUAACGUUGCCUCUGAAGCUGCACCAGCAGUUGCCUCUUCUGAAGCUGGAGUGGGAGGUCCUGAAGGUGCAGCAUCUCAGUGGAAAGAAGCUCAAGACAGUGUGAUGAUGGAACAGAAAAUAGCGCCCCCUACAAAACCUGCCCCUGCUGCCCAUGAAGUGGCUCCUGUGACCGUGUCUGAAGCUCAACCGGCAGGUGAAGCUGCUGCAGCACUCAGCCCUGAAGCCGCAAAGGUUGUAAGCUCUGAGGAGAUGGUGGAUCCCGGCCCUGUGCUGGCUGACGCCCCCGGAGAGGAGCUGCAGCCUGAGACUCGCGCUGAACCCGAACCCGCGGAGUCGUGCGAGGAGGCCCCCCCGCCACCUCCCGAGCCAGAGCCUGAACCAGAACCCUUCGACAACAGCACUUACAAGAACCUGCAGCACCACCAGUACAACAAGUACACCUUCCUCGACACGGAGGUGGAGAUGGCCAAGCACCGGCUGCCACAGCCGUCGUCCGGCAGGCCUUCGCCACGCCACUGAGGAAGAGGAGGAGGAGGAGGCCGUGUGGGCCGGGACCCAGCAACAUUGUGCAUCAGAAUCCCCCCCCAACCCCCCACCUCGAAACGUGCUUGUAAUUCAUAAAUAAAAUAACUACACAAGUGCUGAC